AUGGAUAUCGCCCUCGAAAUUUGGGACACCUUUAUUGGUGAUCGUCUAUACGCCUCUCUACUUCCUCUCUCUCUUGCCUCAUCCGCCUCGCUCCCCGGCUUCACUACUGUCACCAACAGCACCCUGUCGUUCUUUGGUGCAACCCAGCCCUUCGUUUACGAACCGGCUACUCAAUUGAUCUACUUGGAGCCUUCCAAGUUUGCCUAUCUGAGCGCCUGGCCAAGGAACAAUAUCUACCGUCAAUUCCUCAGUUUCUUCUUGAUCGUCUGGAUCUUCGGUAUCAUCGUCUACUUCAUUUCCGCAAGUCUAUCCUACAUCUUCAUCUGGGACAAGACCACCGUUCAUCACCCUAAAUACCUCAAGAACCAAAUUCCUAUGGAGAUCGCCCAGACUAUGCGCUCAAUGCCGGUUAUGUCCCUGUUGACUGCCCCUUUUCUGGUCGCCGAAGUCCGUGGUUACGCCAAGCUUUAUGAUACCUUCUCCGACGAGCCAUUCCCCUACUACAGUAUUAUCCAAUUCCCGCUAUUCAUCAUGUUCACCGAUCUCUGCAUCUACUGGAUUCACCGCGGCCUGCACCACCCGCUUAUUUAUAAGACCUUGCACAAGCCUCACCACAAAUGGAUUAUGCCUAGUCCCUUCGCCUCCCACGCUUUUCACCCACUUGACGGCUGGUCGCAGAGUGUCCCUUACCACGUGUUCCCGUUCAUCUUCCCGCUCCAGAAGCUGGCCUACGUCUUCCUCUUCGGAUUCAUCAACCUCUGGACCGUGCUGAUUCACGACGGCGAAUACGUUGCCAACAGCCCGGUGAUCAAUGGAGCAGCCUGCCACACCAUGCACCACCUGUACUUCAACUAUAACUAUGGCCAGUUCACAACCCUCUGGGAUCGUCUGGGAGGCAGUUAUCGCAAGCCCAACGAGGAGCUCUUCCGCCGUGACACAAAGAAUGGCGAGGAGGAAUGGAAGCGACAGACCAAGGAGAUGGAAACCAUUCUCAAGGAUGUCGAAGGCGAUGAUGACCGGGCGUACCUGGCCGAUUCACAGACCAAGAAGAACCUGUGA